AUGGCGCUAAAAUUAAAAUACACCGACGAGAACGGUAUACUCCACAUCGACAUGAGCCCGUCCGCAAGUCCCGUCGACAAACAAAUAUCCGAUCCGAAGUUCGAUACGAUCAACAAACGCUUCGGACAGUACGACAUAUUCGGGGGGAAGUACGAAGAUGGAGGGGAGAGCCAGUCACUGUUCCGAAGCAGAUACAACAGCUUUGAAGAGGAGCUCGCGAACACGCCGUACGCGUUCGCUACGGAACGACCUCUCCGUCUGGACGACCCAGUGCUGGAUAUCACCAUCGACUCUCGAUACGACAUAUCGCCAUCAAAAGACAUAGAAGAUGAUCGAUUUUUCGAACGAGACGAUCUAUUCGGACCGAAAAUCGAUCUAAAGAAACAGGACACAGCGUUCACGGUGACGCAGCUGAUCCACGCGCAGGAUAGAUACUUCGAUCUAUCAUCGAGGACUAAAUAUGAGUCUGGGAUAAGCAAAGGGACAGUGCGGAGUAUAGCGGAUAGUUUCGAAGUGAAAAGUGCCCCGAGUUCCGCGAAAAGGACGAUCCGUGUUAAGACAAACAGUGGUGAAGCCUUUAAAGUGUUGUCGGCUGGCGGUGAGAAGGGAAGAGCAGCCUCUAAAUCGCCCGUGGUGUCCACGUCGAAGCGAAAAGGGGAAACAUCAUUUGCGAUCAUCGCUGAACCGUCUUCUCGCCCCACCAGCCCCAGGUCGCUUCCAAUCGAAAUUCGCCCUGGGAGAGUCUCACCAUUUAAGGGUCGAGGCUUUAGAGAAGAGACUUCAAGACACAAUACACCAAAAACCUCAGCUGCCAAUUCCCGAUCGAAUUCUCCUCCAAGAAGACGAACGAAUUCAUUAUCACGAAUCGAUAACAUGGCAACGACGGCCACCCUGCUACCGCCGCCACCUGCUCACAGACCACCAAGAGACUUUUUGAAAGAAAAUAUGGAGGAAAUUAGGGAACUUAGUGAAUUAAACAGAGAAAAGAAUGAAGCUGAAGCAGAAAAAAAGAAAAGAGAUGAAGAAAUUGCACUACUGAAAGAAAUGGGGAUAUUAGAUAAAAAAGGAGAAGUCAAGAGUGGAGUCAAUUCGAAAUCCAAUUCUCGAAGUAAUUCGCCACCUAAAAUAAAUAUUAGAUCCAGAUCAAACUCGCCGUCAGCGAUUUUACACUACGAAAAUAUACCACGAGGUAGUUCUGAGAGUCUGAACAAAGAUGAUGGAGCCCCAAAACCUGUAACACAUCGGUCUCGUUUACGGUCAAUAUCAAAGUCACAGCCACAAUCAAAUAAUGGAUCUCCUAAAAAUUCUAAAAUACCAAAGCGACAAAACUCCGUUUCCCCAUCCAGAAGCAAUACAAAACAAUCCCUAGAUAGGAAUUUAAAUCGAAAUCAAAGAUACAUGUCUAACAGCACAAGCAGCAUACAUGAAACAAUAAGGAUAGGAAGCCAAGUUCAUGAUAAAAGAACAAGUCAAAGCACUCAACAUCUGAGUAUUUCUCCAUCGCAUAUAAAAGGUAAGCCACCGAUUUCACCUGGAAAGAGUGGACCGCCGCCUUCGAAUAAAUCAAUUAAUCCUAAAAGGUUAUCUCCUAUAGUCGGUACGCCAAGCAAAAGUCCAAUAGAAGACACCAAGUCUGGACCUGCCAAAACGCCAACUAAACCUUCUCCUGCAGCUCGAAAGACUACGAAGACGGCCGGUACUACACCUGCUACCUCUAGAUUGAAUUCUAGACAACCUAGCAGAACUACAAGUCGGGAACCCAGUCCGGAUAAAAGAAAAGGGCCCGUUAAAAGUGUAACAAAACCUAGUAAUAGCGCCGCAAAGCCAAUAUCAAAGACAACAAGUACUCGGACUACCCAAAAACCUCCAGUGUCAAAUAAAGUAGAACCUAAAAAACCAGUAAGUCGAACAAACAGUGUAAAAAAUUUAAGUAGAGCACCAAGUUCAAAGACGCUUAAUGAUAAACCUCCUUUAAGUAGGCAAGCUAGCAAAAAAGAUCUUUCUGAAAAAUCUAAAUCAACGAGUAAAAUAAAUGAGGCAGGUACUAAGAAAAGUAAUGUUGAAAAAACCGUAUCAAAAAAGACUGAAGAAACUAAAAAUGUCGAAGUUUUAAAAAAACAGAAAAAAGCUGAAGAAAGUACAGCAGAUGCGAAUGUUGGUGACGAGAUUAUAAGACAUGAUAACGGUACUCAAUACGACAAAAUAACAAACGAAAAAGGUGAAAUUGUAAUUCUGACUAAGAAAAAUAUUGUUUCUAUGACCACAGCGGCAAUCACAUCACAACCUUUAGAAGUUGUCACAACAGUUACGAAUCAAUUACCGGCUGCUUUUGAAAAGGCUAGAGAAAAAGGUAUAUUUGAUAGUCUGAAUUCAAAAGACUCUUUAGUAGAAAAAGAUGAAGACAAAGAAACGGAAGAAAAGACAGACAAGGAAGAAAAAAAGCCAGUUAAAACGAAAACAAAUCACGAACGAACCAUUUUUACUGAAGAUCAUGUGAGACUUAGGCUAUUGCAACCACCCUACAACAACCCGCAAGUGGAGAGAGUAAAACAAAAAAUUGACAGCAUAUUGAAAGAGCCUGAAAUAUCUACAGAAAAUAUCCUUGCUGCUGCUAAGGCGAAAGAAGCAAAAGAGCUUGCAGAAAAAGCAAGAACCGAUACAAGAGAAGUAAAAAACAAAGCUUCUGAAAAAUUAUCCGAAACACAAGACAGCAUUAAGAAAUCUGAAGAAAUGAGUUCGGAAAUUCGAACAGAAGCGGCUAAAAUAGUUGACAGUAUUAUGACUCCUGUCGAAGAACCAAAAGAUUUAAUAGAUAAAUCUAAAGAUAUAAAGAAGAAUAUAGAACCAAUUGUGACAGUGGUUAAUGAGAAGAAAAAUGAAGUGAAAACCGAAAUAGUUGAGAAAAUAAAUGAAACUUUAGUACAAGGUGGACCUGAAUUAGAAGUACUUAGUUCGAAUCUUUCAACACCUGGUGCAGAUAAUAUGACUUUACACAGCAAAGCAGCCAAAGGAAGUGCGUCUGACAAGUCCCAUAGUAAUGGAGGAUAUGGUGGAAGAGCUGAACUCUUGAGGUUCCCACAGAGCACAAGCACUACUCCAAAACCGCCACCAAGAGCCCAUCGAGAACAAAAGGACAAAAGUCCCCAAGCAUCUGACGAAGUCAACGAACAGGUGCAACCGCCAAAACCAAAUAUAUGCUCUCGAUUAAUGGGCAAAUGCAAGGCAAAGUGCUGUCCUUGUUGCACCAAGGUACAAGACGAUGAAGAAACAGAGAUGGAAGGCCAAUCCGAACUGGUAGAAAAGAAAAAGUUUUGGAAAGACAUGAACUGUUGUAAAAAGAAAGUUACAGAUGAGGAUGUUGAAAUUGCUGCCGGGAAAGGUACAACAAUCGAAUUUGAACACGAAACGAAACGCAAGCGCAAAUUGCGCGACAUCCUCUGCGCGUGCUGCCGCCGGCGGAGAGUCGGCGACAUCGAGCCCCCGCAGCACGCGGAGCCCUCGCCGCCCGCCAUGAGCUCUGACGUGGUCCAGGAAACAGGAUGCUGCGGCAAGAAGAGGGAAAUAGAGAGGAGGGAUAGCAUAUUGAGUGAUCAAGCACCGUCCAUUUGCUGUAAUAACCGCCUCGGUCAAUGGAUCCGCGGCGCGUGUCGAAAGCAAUCUGAACAAUCCUCCAGUAGAAGAACGAGUCUAUUUUCUAAAAAUAAGAGUCUUUCGCCAACACUGCCGCCUGAGGAUACUCGGAAGAAGUUAGAUCCAUCGCUGAUAGAACACACGAGUGUGAUGCGUGGUGCGAUACCUGUGCUGCCGGCCGUGCUCGCCUACUUUUGUCUCUUGUGCAACAUAUGUGUGCCUGGACUUGGCACAAUCUUCAGUGGCUUGUUUUGUUUAUGCUUUGGGAUUCCCCGAUUCGGCGUCCACGACGGCGCCAAACACAGGAUAGGGUCUUUCGUCAUCAACCUGCUGGUGGGGUGCGGCCAGCUAUUCACGGUUCUGUUCUGUCUGGUGGGGUGGGGCUGGUCUAUAUGGUGGGGCGUCAUCAUGGUCAAGACCUCGCGUAAAUAUCGCAAGCUAAAGGCGGAAGCGGAACAAGAGACAGAGGCGCCGCCCGUCAGCGACAACAACCAUCGCGCAUAGACAACGCGCCACCGGCGACACCCAGGGCGGACAGGUAACGGACGACGACCAUCUUUAACGUUUAAAAAAUGAACAAAUCCAUUAAAUAAUAUUAAAUAAAAUACUUAUACUAUACUGAUAACGGGUUACAAGUUAUAAAUUGUCUGUUUAAAAUAUAAAAACAACAACAAGUACUCAUAAACCGGGUGAUUAGUUAACCAAUGCUGUCUUCUUCUUUCGAAUGUCAAAAUAAAAAUGUCAGAAAGAGAUAAAUCAGUUUUCAACUACACAAUCGCUAAGCAACUGUUGAUGUUUUGACGGUAUUUGAUAUACAAUAAAAAAUUUGACAAUUAAGAUUAAAUGAAUAAUUAUUAAAAAUGGCUGUAGAAGUGAC